UGAUUAAAACUCGUUGUAAAAAAGGAUUUUUUAACUGUUUCUGAACAUUUUUGGGCGUUUUCCUAAGCUUUAACAGCUUAUUAAAGUUAUUUGCGAUUUCCGCCGUCGUGCUCUUUGGAAAAGUGACCUUCCCGGGGGUAAAAACCGUGGAAAACUGCAGCAAGGCUUAGGAAAAACAGUCAAAACUCGGAAAGAAAAUGGGUUCAGAUUACACCGAUUAUCGCGAUCCAAGCCGGCAAGUGCAACGGAAAGGAGAACUUCUGAAUUUUCGGACGAUGAAAUUUUGUGAGAUUCCCUCCAAAGAUGUUUUUGGCAGAUGCCGAUACGUUUCUUCGUUCCAAAAAUGCAACCGAGUUGGCGAGGGUACAUACGGAAUCGUGUUUCGCGCUCGUGAUACCGUAUCGGAUGAGAUAGUCGCACUGAAAAAGGUGCGCAUCGAUCAGGAUAUCUUCAAGGACGGAUUUCCCAUCAGCGGGAUUCGGGAAAUUCAUAUUCUCAAAAAGUGCAAACACGAAAACGUGGUCCAGCUAAAGGAGGUCGUGGUUGGCAACAGCCUGGAGAGCAUCUUCCUCGUGAUGGAGUUUUGUGAACAGGAUCUCGCCUCCCUUCUGGACAACAUGGACUCACCAUUCACCGAAUCGCAAGUCAAGUGCAUCCUGAUACAACUCCUGAAAGGGUUAAAGUAUCUGCACUCGAACUACAUCAUUCAUCGCGAUCUGAAAGUAUCUAACCUGCUGCUAACCGAUAAGGGUUGCUUGAAGAUUGCCGAUUUCGGGUUGGCACGGUAUUUGGGCGAGCCAGAUAAACCGAUGACUCCCGGAUUGGUGACCCUCUGGUACCGUCCGCCGGAGCUGUUGUUCGGCGCUAAAAUACAGACUACGGCCGUCGACAUGUGGGCUACGGGCUGCAUCAUGGGAGAGCUGCUUACGCACAAACCGCUCCUACCCGGAACGAGUGAAAUCUCGCAGAUAGAGCUCAUCAUUAAUCUGCUCGGCACACCGUCGGAAUCCAUUUGGCCUGAUUUUCCCAAACUCCCGAUGGCGCAACACUUUACGCUCAAAGUGCAACCGUACAAUAACUUGAAAAUCAAGUUUCCGCUUCUUUCGGCGGCCGGAUUGCGGCUACUAAACUUCCUGUUCAUGUACAACCCGAGCAAUCGUGCGGCGGCCGAAGAAUGUCUACUGAGCACCUACUUCAAGGAAGCGCCACUGCCAUGCGAUCCCAAGUUGAUGCCAACGUUUCCCCAUCAUCGCGAUAUAAAAAGUUCCUCCGGAAAGAACGCGGAACCGGCAAAGCGCUCGAGCACAACGACCAGCGCAGCUAACAACAGCAAACCAUUCGAACCGGGACACCUUCCGACAAUUUCGGAUUUACUAGGAUCUCUGAUCAAAAAGCGACGUGUAGACUAA